AUGCGUCGCGAAAAUAGCGGCGCUUUGCUAAUUUGUCUAAUUUUAUUCUCACUUAUUCCGGAAUAUGAGUUUAGACGAGGUGGAGGAGGUCAGUUGAAUUUUUUCCUGAAAAUCAUAAUGCCACUUGAACUUGAAUUUUUCUUAAAAUAUUUUAGCUCGGUUACUGUAGUUCCCAAGCUAGUAAGAAGCAGUUUCUAGAUUUUGUAGUUUGGUUACUGUAGUCCUUUGCAGUUCGAUUACAGCAGUAUUACAAAAUCAGAACGAAAAUAUUUACUUGAUCUACAGUACUCCGAACUGCAAAAAUUCAAGAAUUUCAGCUGAGCUUCUGAAAAAAAUCGAUAGUACAUCAAAUUACAAAAUCCACAGUUUCCGAACUACAAAAAUUUCUCGGAAUUCCAUUUAAAUUCAAAAAAAUACUACAGUAUUUCAACUUGUGGCUUGGGUACUGUAGUAGCCGGAACUAACAACUACAAUUUUUGUUAAUGUUACACGAGAAGCUGGCUAGAUAAUUAUCGGAAGCUAGUCUAGCUAGAAAAAAAUACAAAACGUUUUUUUUUUGCAGGCGGACGAGUAGGCGGCGGCAGUCGAUCAGGCGGAGGUUUUGGACGUGGUUCAUCCGGUGCUCGAACUUCUUCUGGUGGCGGUGGAAUUUUUGGAGGCGGAAGUUCAUCGAGUGGGGCAGCCAGAAACAAUCAAUACUCGCGUCAAACGAAUUUCGGUGGAAAUGCGCCGCGUCAAAAUCCCAGUUCAUAUCCGAAACAACCAAGUGGUGGAGGUGGUUAUUAUAAUGGCGGAGGAUCAGGAAGGUUUGUAGUUUGGUGUCAGUGGCCAGGGGAAUUCUCAUGGGAUGCUAUUUUUGCAGCAAGGGUGGCGGGUUGUUUGGCAAUCUUUUUGGAAGAAAAACUGGAAAUAGUGGAAGUUUUGGAAGAAAUAGAUAUGGAGGGUAGAGAUUUUUUCGUGUGUGACAUUUUUAGGAGUGACUAACAAUUAAAAAAAACUAAUGAUUUCUAAAAAAAAUGCUAAACUUGUUUCUCACAAUCAGAUCAAUUUUAAAAAUUAAUUCAGAUUUUCAUCAAGCGGAAUCGGCUCUCACAAAUCCGGUUCAAAAUUCAAAAACUUUCUACUCGGUGCAGCUGCCGGUUAUGUAACAUAUAAAGCGGGACAAGCAUUGAUUCGACAUGCGGCGGGACCUAUGUACUAUAACAGCCGACCGUAUUAUUGGGGACAAAAUUACUAUCGAAGUUCACCAGGAAGAACAAAAAUGUGUUCGAUGCCUCUUGAUUCUGAUAGUCAAUUCAGCAAUAUGUAUUUCCAGGUUAGUUUUUGGAUGAGGGAAAUGGCAUAGCUAAAUUGAAGUUUUUCUAAAAUUGUUAAAUUUUUGGUUUUGUAAUAUUUCUGAUCUUAAGUUUUAUUUAGCAAAAAUUCUUCAUUCGACUUUUUCAAAAUAUUUGUAUUGAAUCAAUUUUCAAAAACAAAACAAUUUUCGUUAAAAAUGCAAGCUUUCAUCGAUUUUGAACAGUAGAAUGUUUUUUUCAAACACCCAGAAUCCCAACUCCUUUUUUUUCUCCAGGACCAGACGCGACCACGCGAAAUCACCUGGGGAUGCUCCGACUACGAAUAUUGUUGCGGCUACGAAUGUUGUCGCGGUGGAAGUGCUGAUUCAAUUGGUGGACACGGACGAGGAACAUCUAUCGGGUACGCGUUGGUCAUCGCAUUUUUGGCACGUCGAAUUUUUAUAUGAGAGAAACUUGAAAAGAAGUGUGUAGUUUUUCUGCAGCCUGUGUGUUUUUUAAUUGAAAAUGUUUGUAAAUUUUGAAGAAGAAGAUGGGAUAAAAUUUUAAUUUGAAAUUCAUUGAAAAUUAAUUUGAGGUUCUCCACACAAAUCUUUAAAAUCUGAUCUUUGAAAAAAAUUUCGAGACUAUUUCUAAAAAUUCAAAAUAUUUCAUUAAAAAUUGGGAAAAUCUAAAUUGCAAACUCCGGAAGCCUAAAACUUAACAUGAAAUUGAAUUGAAAAUUUUUGAACUUUUUUUUUCAAAAUUCAAAAAAUCUCUAUUUAUUUAUUUGUCUGUCUGCAUGUUUUUUAUUGUUGUGAGCAAAUAUAUUUCAUGUUUCAAAACACACUUCUCUCAAUUUUAGAUAUAUCGGAAUCCCAUAA